CCCCUUACGUCCACCCUUUGGCGAUAGCACAGAUCUAUCUUAAUCCAUCAUACUGUCACAGGAGAUGAAUUAAAUGCUGCAAAUAGUUUCUUUUAAUGCUUGUUUUUUUCCUGAAUCGAAAUGACCUCUGCCUCCCUUGGUUUCUUGCUAUGUUAUGCCCAACCCGCGGACAUGCCACGCCUUUGUUCUUCUGCCUUUUAUCUCACCCCGUAAGCUGCUCUCUCUGUCCGCCUCCUCGUGGCCUUCGCUUCCUCCGUCCUCUGCUUCCAUGGGGUCCGAGGUGGCCGUCGUAGGCGAAUUGCCUCAGCUUCCACCGCUGGAGAUGACGGCGGUGGAUGCUGAUCACGAAGAGUGCGUGACACCAAGGUCGGAGGAGCCCGUCCUCGUCUGCCCGCCGGCCCCGAGAAAGCCGAGGACAGCGAAGAGGACGUCGCCGGAGUCUCCGCCUCCCAGAGAAUUCUUCCCCGUACCCCGCGAUCUCGCCUCCGUCUUCCUCCCUCUCCCUCCCACGAAGCGAAUUCGUGUAGUUUGAUCCGAAUUGUAAUCUUCCGUGAUUCCUUCUCUUGUUCUCCUUCGCUUCUCAUUUAGAUUUGAUUUCUUUUUUGUGAUCUUUGUGUAAGACGAAGAAAAAUUCUCCUCGACAUCAUGAAUGUCAGACGAUGUUCUUCUCCCGGUAUUCUAGCAAUUCAAGACCUGUUCCUCAUC